GCAUUGAAAGCCAGAUGUUCUGUAUGUUUAGACAGACAGUAUACAACCUUUUAACAGUUGGCCUAAGGGCAGGUGGGAGGCUGCAACUUACUGCUGUACAGUGACCACAGAGAAACCUAGAAAAACAAGCUGUGAGUGGCCGGAGACUUUCCGUGGAAGUAGCAAGAUGUGAAACAACACCAGUAAAAACCACACUGUGAAAGACAGCUGAAAGUUAUCGUGAAAACAUUUGGUUCAAGUGAAAGAAAUGGUGUGUGUGCAUAGUGUAAGAGCAUGAGAGAGAGAAACAUGGGAUCAACACGUCUGAUCUUUUAAAUAAUAAUUAGUUCCAGGAUAAAAAUAAAAAAACACCAACCUCCCUGUGAAAACAUAACAAACAUACAUAACCUCCCUAACCUGCCGAAUCCAGGUCACUGGUAGGAGAAAUACCAUCUGCAUGGGAAGAUGCUAACAGCAGCAGUUCCAUCAGUCCAAUCAUAUGACUCAGGAGGUAGAACAUGGCUCUUGCAAUGCCAGAUUUGUGGGUUUGAUUCCUGGGUCACCCACACACAAAAUAUAUGCAUGCAUGACUGGGCAGAUGCUAACAGCAGCAGGUCUAUCAGUCCAAUCAUAUGACUCAGAUGGUAGAACAUGGCUCUUGCAAUGACAGAAUUGUGGGUUUGAUUCCUGGGUCACCCACACACAAAAUAUAUGCAUGACUGUCAGUAACUUUGGAUAAAAUCAUCCAAAUUACAUGAUGUUGUUAUAUUAUAAGAAGUUUGACAAACAAGGGCAGCUUUUUUUUUUACCCUGUGCGUGAGCUCUUAUUUUACCACUUCCCCAUCUUCAGGAAGUGUAUUAGGUGACGUAGCAAACGCAGUCCCAAUAUAUCGCAGUAACAUAUCUCACACGAAAGACAUCAUAGUGACUUUCCUCCAUGAUAAGAUGGUUUUUCUCAACUUCACCGAUUCCUCAAAACUAGUAGCCACAAUGGCAUCACGUUCCACUCCAAAGGACUGUGGCUUUAAUGAAGAUACCUUAAAUAUGGCUAUAUCAAUUCUCUACUUCCUGUUGUUCAUCCCGGCCCUCAUCAUCAAUGGGGUAGCAGUCUGGGUCUGCAUGCAACUUCGGUCAACGUCCACCUUCCUGGUGUAUCUGAAGAACCUUCUGGCCGCUGACCUUCUCAUGACCAUGACCAUCCCUGUCAAAGCAGCCAAUAUCCUGCCCAGCGCUCCACUGACUCUGAAGGCCUUUGCCUGUCGCUUCUCUGAUGUUAUUUUCUAUCUCUGUAUGUACAUGAGCAUCAUUCUGUUGGGCCUCAUCAGUCUGGACCGCUUCUUCAAGAUCGUCAGGCCCUGUGGCAGGUUGUUGGGUCAGAACCUUGUCUUCGGGAAAGUGCUGUCUGCUUCCAUCUGGGUGGUGCUGUUGUCCACUACUGUCAUUCCAACCAUGAUCCUGACCAAUCAGGAUCCCACAAACAAGACUAAACUAUUCUGUAUGGCAAUGAAGAGCAAUGCAGGACGAGAUUUUCACAGUGGCGUGGUCAAAUUAAACAAUGCGAUCUUCUGGGUGGUGUGUGUUCUUAUUUGUUUCUGCUACAUAUGCAUAGCAAGGAAGGUUUUUCAAUCAUACAGGAAAUCAGGAAGCAGCAAUGACGAAGGGAGGCAUAAGACCAAAGUGCGUGUGUUUUUGGUUCUGGUGGUUUUCCUGACGUGUUUCGGACCCUACCACGCCAUACGGCUCUCCUACACCUCGCUUCAGGUUACCUCAACAACCAGCUGCGCUAAGGUUACCUUACGGAUCUCUAAGGAGUUCACCUUGUGGAUGUCAGCCAUGAACGUCUGUCUGGACCCUCUCAUCUACUUCUUCCUGUGUAAGUCCUUCAGGAUCACCUUGUUCAAGACGCUCUGUCUCCCACCUGGGACCUGUAGCUGGCUCACUGGGAGAGGACCCAACACAAUAGAGGAUCAGACGCCAACACAGGAGGGAGACUCCUGUGCCUGUACAGAAAAUUAAAACUAUUUGGAAUUAUCUACUUCAUGCUGUGAGAUGUUCUGUUUGACAGAGUAUAAUACUGCUACCUGGUGGAGGGUUAACUAUCCAAAGAGUUAUACUAGAAAUGAAUCCACCAGGUGUAAUGUACUAUCCUACUAUUUAUAUUAGAAAUGCUACGUUACAGCCUUAUUCUAAAACAGAAUAACGACAUUGUUUCCCUCAUAAAUCUACACACAAUUUUUUUUUUUUUUUUUACCUUUAUUUUACUUGGCAAGUCAGUUAAGAACAAAUUCUUAUUUUCAAUGACGGCAUAGGAGCAGUGGGUUAACUGCCUGUUCAGGGGCAGAACGACAGAUUUUGUACCUUGUCAGCUCAGGGAUUUGAACUUGCAACCUUUCGGUUACUAGUCCAAUGCUUUAACCACCAGGACGGCCGUACAGGCCCCAUUUAACAUUGAUGUGGUUGUAGUGGAGCGAGAUUCUUGGUGUCCACAUCACCAACAAACUGUCAUGGUCCAAACACACCAAGACAGUUGUGAAGAGGGCACUACAACACCUUUUCCCAAUCAGGAGACUGAAAAGAUUUGGCAUGGGUCCCCAGAUCCUCAAAAAGUGAUACAGCUGCACCAUCGAGAGCAUCCUGACCGGUUGCAUCACCACCUGGUAUGGCAACUGCCUGGCAUCUGACCGUAAGGAGCUACAGAUGGUAGUAAGUACGGCCCAGUACAUCACUGGGACCAAGCUUCCUGCCAUCCAAGACCUAUAUAAUAGGUGGUGUCAGAGGAAGGCCAAUAAAUGUGUAAAAGACUCCAGUCGCCCAUCAUAGACUGUUCUCUCUGUUACCCCACGGCAAGUAGUACCGGAGCACCAAGUCUAGCACCAAAAGGCUCCUUUACAGCUUCUACCCCCAAGCCAUAACACUGCUGAACAGCUUCUACCCCCAAGCCAUAACACUGCUGAACAGCUUCUACCCCCAAGCCAUAACACUGCUGAACAGCUUCUACCCCCAAGCCAUAACACUGCUGAACAGCUUCUACCCCCAAGCCAUAACACUGCUGAACAGCUUCUACCCCCAAGCCAUAACACUGCUGAACAGCUUCUACCCCCAAGCCAUAACACUGCUGAACAGCUUCUACCCCCAAGCCAUAACACUGCUGAACAGCUUCUACCCCCAAGCCAUAACACUGCUGAACAGCUUCUACCCCCAAGCCAUAACACUGCUGAACAGCUUCUACCCCCAAGCCAUAACACUGCUGAACAGCUUCUACCCCCAAGCCAUAACACUGCUGAACAGCUUCUACCCCCAAGCCAUAACACUGC